AUGGUUGGCAGAGGUGUAUGUAUUUUUGUCACUUUUCCCCCAAAAGUUUCCUCCAAAGCUUUCGAUUCUCUUCGCUCUCCACCGAUCAUGCUUCAAAGCUUGGUCCCGCGAUCCCCCCGCACUUCCAACCCUAACGACAUGAAAACUAAGCGCGCCGUUGAAACCGCUGAUUCCCCAGCCGACGAACCUUCCUUCAAGCGAACCAACUUCUCCGCCGAUAAAACCGCCGAGGAGGAGCAGGCCUUCGAUGCUGAAACUCACGGCGGGGACUCCACCGGCCUCAAACUCCUCGGCCUCCUACUGCAAUGCGCUGAGUGCGUCGCCAUGGACAACCUCCACUUCGCCAACGACCUCCUCCCGGAGAUCGCCGAACUCUCGUCGCCGUUUGGUACCUCACCGGAGCGCGUCGGAGCGUACUUCGCGCAGGCGCUGCAGGCGCGCGUGGUGAGCUCCUGCCUCGGCUCCUACUCCCCGCUGACCGCGAAAUCGGUAACCCUAACUCAGUCGCAGCGAAUCUUCAACGCGUUCCAAUCCUACAACUCAGUCUCGCCGCUGGUGAAGUUCUCGCACUUCACAGCGAACCAAGCCAUCUUCCAGGCCCUGGACGGCGAGGAUCGCGUCCAUAUCAUCGACCUCGACAUCAUGCAAGGCCUCCAAUGGCCGGGAUUGUUCCACAUCCUCGCCUCUCGCACGAAGAAGAUCCGCUCCAUGAGAAUCACCGGAUUCGGAUCCUCCUCGGAGCUCCUCGACUCCACCGGUCGGAGACUCGCGGAUUUCGCGAGCUCGCUCGGGCUACCGUUCGAGUUUCACCCGGUGGAGGGGAAAAUCGGAAGCGUGACCGAACUCAGUCAACUCGGUGUUCGACCUAACGAAGCGAUCGUGGUGCACUGGAUGCAUCAUUGCUUAUAUGAUAUAACCGGCAGCGAUUUAGGGACGUUGAGAUUGCUGACUCAGCUUAGGCCGAAACUGAUCACGACCGUCGAGCAGGAUCUAAGCCAUGCGGGGAGCUUCCUGGCGCGGUUCGUGGAGGCCUUGCAUUAUUACAGCGCGUUGUUCGACGCGCUUGGGGAUGGUUUGGAUGCGGACAGCCUGGAGAGACACACGGUGGAGCAGCAGCUAUUGGGCUGUGAGAUCAGGAACAUCGUCGCCGUGGGCGGGCCCAAGAGGACCGGAGAGGUUAAGGUCGAAAGGUGGGCGGAUGAGCUGAAACGGGCCGGGUUCCGGCCCGUUUCCCUCCGGGGAAACCCGGCUGCACAGGCGAGUUUGUUGCUUGGAAUGUACCCUUGGAGAGGUUAUACUCUAGUUGAAGAAAACGGUUCCUUGAAGCUUGGUUGGAAGGAUUUGUCUCUGUUGAUUGCCUCUGCUUGGCAACCCUCUGAUUUGAUUACUUACCCUGAUUGA